UUGGCCAUGUCAGCAUUUUGGUAGACUAUCCAUUAACUCUCUCAUUCAGUCAUUGCAGUAUUACUCAGAAUAAGUAAAAUUAUAACACAUUAUUCAUUUGUUGGUGGUGCCGUGAGUUAACCAUGAAUAUAGACUCAGUGGGUAAAAUAAGGCCACCAAGAUCUGGUGAAGGUCAAGUGAGUUUGCUCAUCACAGAUAACAAACGUGUUCAUGGCAAACAAGGAGGAGUAUCACACAGCUUCCAUCUUCUUUACCAUCCUGACUCUUCAAAUCAAGAUGUUUUUUCCAAGGCAGUUCAACCUUUACUUGAUUUAUUCAUUGCUGGAUUCAACACCUGCAUUAUUCUUUACGGAGAAAGUGGUUCAGGAAAAUCAUACACAAUGGCCGGUGAACAAAACUCUCAGCCAGGAAUUGUUCCUCAUGCAAUUAAUUACAUUAUGUCAGAACUACAAAACAAAUCUAUGGGACUGCGAGAUUCUGUGGAGAAUCCUCAGUUCUCAGGUAGAGGAGAUAGUGAUGUAUUCCGCCUUUUGAUGUAUCAAUAUGAAAUAUACAAUGAAGUCAUCACUGAUUUGAUGGCAACUAGAGGAGCAAUUUCAGGUCGUGGACAGCAUGCUAUGGAAUUACAACAUUCAGCCGAAGAGGGGACUUACAUUAAAAAUCUUGAAUAUGAACGAUGCAGAACACCGGCCGAAGGCUUAUCGGCAUUUUGGCAGUCCUGGCUUUCUCGAAAUACCAAUGUUGUUGAUUUUGGACCCGUGAAAAAUUUUAGCACUGUUGUAUUUCAGUUGGAUUUGACAAUGAUGACAAAUGACAACCCGCUGCCCAAUAGAUCAAAAUUCACGGUGAUUCGAAUGCCAGGGAUGGAAAAAUUAUCAGAGGAUUUAUCACGUACAAGAUUGCGGGAGGGGCCAACUUUAUCAAAAUCAGUCAUAGCAUUCAAUCAGUUGUCAGCUGAUCUUGCUCGACAGCAGGAACCUGAGCGUGUCAUUAAUUAUGGUGAAUCAAAACUUACAAGUUUACUUGAGGAUACACUUGGAGGAAAUUGUAAAACUAGAGUAAUUUGUUGCCUUCCUCCAACUAAUUCAAAUCCAGAUGUGAUGAGUGCUAUUCUAACCGGUUGUGGUUUACUAACCGAAGUGAAAAAUUAUCCGAUAUUGAAUGAUAGCCUUGCUCAGAAUCUGAUAACCCAGUACAGAACGAGAAUUGAUGCAUCUUUACAACAUGGUGGGUUUGACCUAGGAGGUGCAAGUGGAGGAGGAGGUGGAAUCUUAUCAAGAACUGAAUUACAGGAUCAGUUGCUGAAGAUAACAACUGAUAAUACUCAAUUAAGAGAACGAAAUGAUCGAUUAUUUCAACGUCUUGAACAAGUACAAGAAAAAUUAACUGAUCUUGCUAAGUCAAAAUCUGAAUUAUCUACCAAACUCGUCGCAAGUGAGGAAGACAAACUGAAGGUUUCUAAGGGAUUAGUAGAACUGCAGCUUGAAAACAACAGAUUAUCUGAAGAAUAUGAAGCUGAGAAUUUUGAUUUGAAGAAUAAGAUCUUAUCAUUGGAAAAUCAGCUCGUUGAGUUUGAACUACAAAGAAAUAAAUUUAGUCAUGAUCAUGAUGUCACUGCAAAACAUACAAGACAUUUGGAAGAAAGUCGAAAACAAAUUGCAGAUGAGUUUGUUCAGCUGAAAACAAAAACUCUCGAAUUGCAGAAAGAUCUUGAAAGACAGGUGAAACGCAAUGAUGAAAUGAGAAAUGAACUUGCCAAACUGAUUGACACUGAAGCAGCAUUACUGGAUUUACGACAUAAUGUAGAUAAACAGAGAGAAGUUGAGGAUGCAGCUGUGAAAGAGUUGGAACGUGCAAAGAAUGUACUUCGAUCUGUCGAUAUUGAUCCUGGGGCAUUGUCAGCCAGAAAGCAAGGUCAUGCAAACGGCGUUGCUGCUGAAGUAAGAGAAAUGAGAGAUUUGAGACAUGAUUGGAGAGUUAAACGUAAUAACGACUCACUGGGAAAUCCAAGAUCACCAAAUUCAGAUCUUCUUGGAAAUUACAAAUUACUAUCUAUGGAUGAUGAUGUUGUCAAAAAUAUGAAGUCAGCAUAUGAUGAACAAACAAACAGACUUGAAAAAAGUCUCCUGCAAUUGAGAUCUCAAUUAACUGCUGCGUAUGAGACUGUUCGGGCUGCCAAUAAAAAAUGUGCAGAGCAAUCUGCUGCCGUCACUGUUGCCCAAGAUGGAUAUAAAAAGGCAAAAGAUGAAAAUAUUGAACUCCAACAAAAGAUUAAAGAAUCAAAUCAAGAAUAUAGGAAGAGAAUGUGGAAAUAUGUUCAAGAUAUUGCGGAGUUUAUGAGUGAUGAUAAGCCUGAUAAUGACUCAAGAAGGAAGGAUACAAUGAAGAAAUAUAUUGAUGGAAUGAUGAAGGAUAUGAAAUCUGCUUUUCGUUCAAGAGAAGAACAGUUGAGUAAUACUGCACGAAAUAACAGAAAAUUGGCAAAAAAUAUGCUGCAACGACAUGAACGAUUAUUAAUUUCAUACAGAGCAAUUCGUGCACAGCUUGAAUCAAUUCAAAUUGCAACAACAAAACAAGGAGAAGAGACAGAUGCAAGAUCUUCUCAAAUAUUCCCAGUUGUUCAGUAUCCAAUUGAUUUGGGACCAGAUGAUUCAGAUUUAUCAGUAGAUGAAAAAGAACUUCAAACGGCGUUGUCAGUUGAACUGAAUAAUCUUAGACAAGCAAUGAAACAAACAAAAAAUGAAUUGAAAAUCACAAAAAAUGAGUUGAAUGCAUUACAACAAAAAGACAAACUUCGGUCACCACACACAUUAGGAAAGCAAUAUCCAAAGAUUCCAAAUAUUUCUGAUGCUUACAAAAAUGUGCAGGAAUACACAAAAAUAUCUCAGGCUGAACUAGAAAAAGAAAGAGCCGAACUUUUGACGAGGGCUACCGUUGCUGAGCAGCAAAUAGCUGAACAGCAGGAAUACAUCAGCUCGCAUUUGGCAAGAUAUAAACAAGAAAUUCUGCGUUUAAGAAAAAUCUUGUCAGAUAAAGGGAUCAAUGUUGGUGGUCGUAUCAGUCCUGAUCCCCUUUAUAGCCAAAGAUUCGGGGGUAGGACUUUGGAUCCGUAUCAUCCACAUAAAAUUUGAUUUAUAAAUACGUUCUACUAGAGGACUGUAGAACCGGUAUUAUCAUUAUGCUUACUUGAAAAUAGGUUGGAAUUAGAUAUAGACUGAACAUGCAGAGAAGAAAUUGGAAAUUAUAUCAUAUCGGUGGCAAAAACAAUUCUGAAAUAAAAUUUUGCUGGAUAGGUGAUGCCAGCUCAUCCCAAUCUCUUUUAAAUAACCAAGUCAAUUAUUUGACACGUCGUGCUUAUCCUUCAAUGCUACUCACUAUUUCGUUAUCUUGAGGUCAAGUAUAUGACAUUAUUAAUACAAUAUUGGUCUCUAAUUUGCAAUAUUUUGCAAACAGGAUACAAUGGCCGUCCUUUCUGUUGCCCAUAAUUCAGAGUUCUUAUGUAUUUUUAUGCAAUAAUCAUUAAUUUACCUAGUACACAUGUACAAUUUACCUAUUUCUUCAAAAAUGCAGUAUCCCAUGUUAAAGUAGCAAAACUAACCAAAUGUGUCUUCAUUUAUUCUAUUUUUGUAGAAUUUAUUUUUAGUAGAAAAAUGCAAUAAUGUAAAAUCGUAAUUUUUUUAUUAAUAAAUAUAUUUCGUAGGAGAUA